CUUGUUGAUAUCUGAAAACAAUCAGCAUAGACCACCCUGCCAGUAUCCCAUAAUUCCACGCAGACUCACAGGAACUCUGUUUUUCGAGAAGUGGGCUGGAUUUGGACUGUUGGGUAUCGCCAGAAGCCCACUGAAGGAAUGUCCACAAUGUCAGCUGAUCUACAGGAUAAGCGGAAACAUUUCAUCUUGACUACUACAGGAGACUACUUUGGACUUUCAUCUUCAGACCCUUCAGUACUAUCUUUGAGUAACUGCAAAGAGAUCAACAGCUUUCUGAAUGAUGGCAAUGAAUUUGUACUCUCUGUUCAUCUUGUUGAAAACAAACUGGUUGUAUCAAACAAGGUUUCACCAGUUGAUAGGAUGGAUCAAGUGCUUAUUUUCUGUAAGUUGAAACCUGAUACUAUAACCGAAGAUAAUCUCCACAGUAACAUUCUUGUAUCCUCAAUGCUAGAGUCGCCUGUAAGCACUUUUUACCAAGCAUUGCGCCAAGUGUUUGGACCAGUAUUACUUAAGGAUGAGAAAUGGAGCAGCAAUUUAGAUCCUAAGCUGCAGUCCCUUUUAAGUGAACUAGAAACUGGCUUGGGUACAGUGAUUCGAAGAUCACAUCCUGGCUAUAAUGAAAAGAAGUUCAACGGAGAUGAAACAUCGGGCAUUCUGACACCAAAUGAUGAGUUUCAGUACUGGUUGGAACUUGCAGCAACAGCAACUAAACAAAACACUAGAGAACAAGCACAGAGUUUUAGUGAUUUAUUCAACACUAUUUCAGAGCAUUAUAGUAAUCUUGACAGUCUAACCUUGGCUGAUGUUGUGGAAUUAGUGGAGAAUACACGUGAUACUUUGGAUGAUGUCUGGAGGCAAACUGAGCAUGAUUCUUACCCUGCACCACGUAUGCAGCAUCUGAUGGAAUUGAUAGGCAGCUGUUUAGGUAGAUUUAUCCAGAAGAAAUUUAAUUCAGUUGACCUAUGGGAAGCCCCUUUUCACACUGUGAAGGACAACCUGCGUUCUGGUAUUGCUAUUUGUGAACAGUGGAUAGCAGUAUGUGGUCACUUAACAGGACAAGUUUGGCGACGCUACACUCCUCAUCCAUGGAAUAAUGAGAAAUACUACCCAGAAUCAUUAGACAAGCUUGCAAGACGACUUCAUGAGGUUUUGACCAUUAGAACAGUUUGUGAGCAACUUGUGCGUAUGUUACCCCCUGGAGAGCAACAGGCUGUAUCCAUGGCCAGAGUGUUUGAACCAUUUACUGGAAUGAAUCCUUUGCAUUGUAACACCUAUACAGAGCCUUUAUGGAGAGCAGCAGUGUCUCGGUUUGAGCAAGCCAUUGCACCAACAGAACAGAACAUUGCAAGCAAAUUAAAGGCAUGCUUAGCAGGUGUGCAGGAUAAUACACAGCAGCUUCUUCAGGUAUUUCAGAAAUACAAAGAAUUGGUGAAACGACCAAGUAUUAACAGAGAUCUAACGUUAGAAAGAGAAACAUUGCUUGCAAGACUUUCAGAUUAUACAAAAGGACUUCGUAUAGAUUUUGAGACCAGAUGUCAUGGUACUCCUGGUGCACCCACAGGACCUCUUUCAGGAAAGAAUCUUCCUGAAGUUGUGAAUAAUAUAGUUUGGGUUCGGCAGCUAGAAUUAAAGGUUGAUGAUACCAUUAAGAUAGCAGUAGCCAUCCUCUCUGAUUUGGCUGGCUUUCGCUCUUUUCAAAAAAACUCAGAUGAUCUCUUGGAGUCGCUAAGAAUUUAUGAACAGGAACAGUUUGACAACUGGUCCAGGGAGAUUCAGUUAGCAUUAUCCGAUCGCAAAUCUGGCAUCAGUUUACAAGCUAGUGGACAAGUUAUGGAAUUGGACCACUCUGAUGGAAGAUUAAAAAUACAUUAUUCCGAUCGUCUAGUUACACUUUUGAAAGAAGUACGCCAGCUGUCUGCUCUCGGGUUUGUUAUUCCUGCAAAAAUACAACAGGCUUCAAGUACAGCACAAAAGUUUUACAAGCAGGCUGUCAUACUCAAGCAGGUGGCACACUUCUACAACACAAUUGAUCAACAAAUGAUUCAGAGUCAGAGACCCAUGAUGUUAAAGUCUGCUCUAGCCUUUGAACAGAUUAUUAAGAACCCCAAAGUUGGCACCAAAGAAUCUGGAGGGAAGGUACAGAUAACCUGGGAUAAUCCUAAAGAGCUGGAGGCAUAUAUCCAGAAGCUUCAGUCUGCAGCUGAACACCUUGCCACUGAGAACAGAAAGUUGAGAAAGUGGCAUACAGAUUUCACUGAAAAGGUUGUCUCCCUUAUGAAUAUUGACCUUCUUCGCCAACAGCAGCGAUGGAAAAAUGCAUUACAGGAACUACGAGCUGCUUUCUCAAGUCUUGAGUCUCAGGGUUUUCGAGUAAGUGAUAUGAAGGCCUGGAGGCAGCACUGGAAUCAUCAGCUUUACAAAGCACUGGAACAUCAGUAUCAGAUGGGCUUGGAGGCAUUGAAUGAGAAUCUGGCAGAAAUCUUAGUUGAUUUAACUUUCAAGCAGGGAAGGUUGCAGUUUAAGCCUCCUUUUGAAGAAGUACGGGCUAAAUACUACCGAGAAAUGAAGAGAUUCAUCUCCAUUCCUAAUCAUUUUAAGGGGGUGAGCGAUCCUGGAGAGGAAGCUGUUUUCACAAUAAUGAUAGACAGGAAUGCAAAUGGCUUCUUAACAAUUUACAGGAAAGCUGAAGAUCUUUUCAGAAGAUUAACUGAAGUUCUUGAUAAAUUUAAGGAGUGGGUAGUACUUGGGCAAUUGGACAUUGAAGUACUGGUUGAAAAAUGUCUUCACACUGUUCAAGACUGGGAGAAGAAUUUUAAGGCCUUGAAGGCUAGAGGUAAAGAUGCAGAACGUCUGCCAAGCACCAUCAAAGUGGACUGUAUAACUAUCAAUUGCAAUCCUGUGAAAACUGUGGUUGAUGAUCUCAUUCAGAAGUUGUUUGAUGCACUUGUCUUGUCAUUACGGAAAUCAAUAUUAGCCCACAUACAGGUAAUUGACAAUUUUGUUUCAAAUGCAAUGGAAAGCCUAAUGGUCCGGCCCCAGACUGUGGAAGAAAUUGGAAAAGCUAAUGUGAAACACAGUGAGUUACAGCUUAAGAAACCAGAAAUUUUGCCCUUAUUUCAAGAAGGUGAAGAUAAAAACAGGCUGCUGCGUUCAGUUUCAGGUGGAGGGCUAGAUGUAAUAAGCAACUUGAGAGCAAAAUGGGAUAAAUUUGAAUUAAUGAUGGAGAGUCAUCAACUUAUGCUUAAAGAGCAGGUUGAGGUGCUUAAAGCAAGUGUGGAGUCUCGUGUCAAGGUAUACCUGCUAGAACUAGAUAAAUUUAAAGCACGAUGGGAUCAGUUGAAGCCAAAUGAUGACAUAAUUGAAACAGGAGAUCUAGCAGCACUUGAGAAGUGUGUAUUUUCCAUAAAGGAGAAAAAAGCAGAAUUUGAUGAACUGGAGACAACAAGAAAAAAGCUACUGGAUGACUGUUCUCAUUUUGAUUUGCAACAGCCUGAUACCUCUUUGUCAACUGACAUUAAAAAAGAUAUAGAAAGUUAUGCACAGAUGUGGUCCUUAUAUGAAGAAUUCCACCAAGGAUUUAUGGAAAAAGCAAAGGAAGAUUGGAUUUCAUUUAGAAGUAAAACCUAUCUGUUUGAAGAGUUUUUGCUUGUGUGGCAUGAGAGAUUGCGGAAAAUGGAUGAACAUAACACAAUGACUGUCAAACUGCAAAAGGAAGUUGAUAGGUAUAAGAUGGUAGUUCCUGUAUUGAAAUAUGUUCGUGGAGAAAACCUUUCACAGGAUCAUUGGCUUGAUCUUUUCCGGCUUCUUGGUCUUCCAAGAGGGACUACGUUAGAGAAACUGCUGUUUGGAGAGCUACUAAACGUGGCUAAUACCAUUGUGGAAAAGGCUUUGGAACUUAAAGACUUGAACAAUCGUGCACAAGGUGAGGUAACUAUCCGGGAAGCCCUUCGUGAACUGGAUCUUUGGGGAGCUGCUACUGUCUUUACAUUAACUGAUUAUCAAGACAGCCAGAAUCGAAUGAGUAAACUGAUCAAGGACUGGAAGGAUAUUGUAAACCAGGUUGGAGACAACCGCUGCCUUCUUCAGUCUCUAAAGGAUUCUCCAUAUUACAAAGGAUUUGAAGACAAAGUCUCUAUUUAUGAGACAAAAAUGGCCGAACUUGAUGAAUACCUUCACAACCUAAACCAGAUUCAGAGGAAAUGGGUUUAUUUAGAACCCAUAUUUGGUCGUGGAGCUUUGCCAAGGGAGCAGGCACGCUUCAGAAGAGUGGAUGAAGACUUCAGAUCAAUCAUGAGUGAUAUUCACAGAGAUAAUAGAGUAAUAUCACUGAACGGCCGAGCAGGAAUCAGGAAUUCUCUUAUUACUAUACUUGAUCAGCUACAGAGAUGUCAGAAGUCUUUGAAUGAAUUUUUGGAGGAAAAAAGAUCAGCCUUUCCAAGAUUCUACUUUAUUGGGGAUGAUGACCUUCUAGAAAUUUUGGGCCAAUCCACCAAUCCCUCUGUCAUUCAGUCUCACCUAAGGAAACUUUUUGCUGGCAUCAGUAGUGUGGAUUUUGAUGAAGAUCAGCAGCAUAUUAUUGCGAUGAAAUCUGUGGAAGGCGAAGUUGUACCUUUGAAAAGCAAGAUUCGAAUUUCAAAUGAUGUUGAAGUAUGGUUGAAUGACUUGGCUGUGGAGAUGAAAGAAACCUUGAAGCAGUUACUAAUUGACUGCAUUUCUUUUGGGAAGAGGUCACAGGGUUCCACUGAUCCAUCACGCUUUCCUUCUCAGAUCCUCUGCUUGGCAGAACAAAUUAAUUUUACAGAAGAUGUUGAGAAUGCAAUCAAAUUGCGUAACCUUCAGCAGCUGGAAGUUGAGUUAAUGGCCAAGUUAGAUAAUUAUACAAGUGUGAAUGUUAGCAUGAAGGAUGCAACAAAUGCUGAACCUGGUAUUCUUGAACUAAAGCUGAAAGCACUUAUUCUGGAUAUAAUUCAUAACAUUGACACAGUGAAGCAGUUGAAUCAAGCACAAAUCCGUAGUGCUGAAGACUGGGCUUGGAAAAAGCAACUCCGAUUUUAUAUGAAACCAGACAAUAAAUGCUGCAUUCAGAUGGUGGAUGCUACUUUCCAUUAUACAUAUGAAUACCAGGGCAAUGCUCCAAAACUAGUUCAUACUCCGCUCACAGACAAGUGUUACCUCACACUUACCCAGGCUAUGAAGAUGGGACUUGGAGGCAACCCGUAUGGACCAGCUGGAACUGGCAAAACUGAAUCUGUAAAAGCACUUGCAGGACUGUUUGGGAGGCAGGUCCUGGUUUUCAACUGUGAUGAGGGUAUAGAUGUCAAAUCCAUGGGCCGCAUUUUUGUAGGUUUGGUUAAAUCCGGUGCCUGGGGUUGUUUUGAUGAAUUUAACAGACUGGAGGAAUCAGUCUUAUCUGCUGUAUCAAUGCAGAUUCAGGCUAUUCAAGAUGCUUUAAAAAAUCAGAGGCCUAUGUGUGAGCUUCUUGGGAAAGAGGUUGGGCUUGAUCCUAAUUCAGGAAUUUUCAUUACAAUGAAUCCUGCUGGAAAGGGUUAUGGUGGUAGACAGAAAUUGCCAGAUAACCUCAAGCAGCUUUUCCGUCCAGUUGCUAUGUCCAGUCCUGAUAAUGAGCUCAUAGCUGAAGUAAUUCUGUACUCUGAGGGAUUUAAGGAUGCUCAGAUUCUUGGAAGAAAAUUAGUGGCAAUAUUUAAUCUAGCAAGGGAGCUUUUGACACCUCAGCAACAUUAUGACUGGGGACUGAGAGCCCUGAAAACAGUCUUGGGAGGAUGUGGAAGCCUUCUUCAGCAACAGAGGAGAAAUGAGGGGAAAGUAAAAUUUAAUGAGAGUCACAUUGUGGUACAAGCUCUGCGUCUGAACACCAUGUCUAAGCUGACCUUUGCAGACUGUGCUCGAUUUGAUGCAUUAGUGAAAGAUGUUUUCUCUGGGGUUGAUUUCGGAGAUGUUGAAUAUGAAGAGUUGACCACAGCACUACAUCAAGUUUUUGAAGAAGCAAACUUAGAAAUAAUAUCAAGUCAGAUCAAAAAGGCCCUCGAACUUUAUGAACAGCUUAGGCAAAGAACUGGUGUAGUUAUUGUGGGUCCAAGUGGUGCUGGCAAAUCAACACUUUGGCAGAUGUUACGAGCAGCACUGAGCAAGGUUGGUAAAGUGGUGAAGCAGUACACAGUGAAUCCCAAAGCUAUGCAUCGCCAACAGCUUCUUGGCCAUAUUGAUAUGGACACAAGGGAAUGGUCUGAUGGGGUCCUUACAAGCAGUGCUCGUCAAGUGGUACGAGAACCUCAAGAUGUGCAUUCUUGGAUAAUUUGCGAUGGAGAUAUUGAUCCUGAAUGGAUUGAGUCAUUGAACUCUGUUUUAGAUGAUAACCGACUACUCACCAUGCCCAGUGGUGAGAGAAUUCAGUUUGGUGCCAAUGUGAAUUUUUUAUUUGAAACCCAUGAUCUAAGUUGUGCUUCUCCUGCCACAAUCUCUAGGAUGGGGAUGAUAUUUCUGAGUGAUGAAGAUACAGAUGUUAACUCAUUGGUAAAGUCAUGGCUGAGAAACCAAUCAGAAGAGUGCAGAAGCAAUCUUGAGAACUGGAUUGGGGAUUAUUUUGAAAAGGCCUUAAACUGGGUUUUGAAACAGCACGAUUUUGUUGUAGAGACUAGCCUUGUUGGAACGGUCAUGAAUGGACUAUCACAUCUUAACAGCUGCAGUGAUCGUGGCUUAUUUUUAAUCGGUUUGAUUAGAGGACUUGGUGGUAAUCUCAGCAUGAAGUCACGUCAAGAAUUUGUAAAAGAGGUCUUGAAUUGGGCACGAGAAUCUCCACCAGAUCCCCGCAAACCUGUGGAUACCUUUUAUGACACUGGUUCUGGAAGAUUCAUGACAUAUCAGCUUGUAAAACCAGACAACCUGAAUGCAGAUGAUUUCAACAACUUACAGAAUCUUCCUGUUAUUCAAACCCCUGACAUGCAAAGAGAUUUGGACUAUUUCAAACCAUGGCUGAGCUCAUCUAGCAAACAGCCGUUUAUCCUUGUAGGACCUGAAGGAUGUGGAAAGGGGAUGCUUUUACGUUAUGCCUUCUCUCAACUCCGAUCCACCCAGAUUGCAACAGUUCACUGCAGUGCUCAGACCUCUUCUCGGCAUAUACUUCAAAAGCUGUGUCAAACCUGUUUGGUAAUCAGUAGCAACACAGGACGUGUUUAUAGGCCAAAAGAUUGUGAACAACUUGUUUUGUACCUGAAAGACAUAAAUCUUCCUAAACCAGAUAAAUGGGGAACAAGUAAUCUAAUUGCCUUCCUCCAGCAGGUGCUUACUUAUCAUGGAUUUUAUGAUGAAAAUUUAGAAUGGGUUGGUUUGGAAAACAUUCAGAUUGUGGCUUCUAUGUCUGUUGGUGGUACUUUAGGAAGGCAUCCACUUACCACUAGAUUUACAUCAGUUGUUCGCAUAUGUGCAAUAGAUUACCCUGCUAAAGAACAAUUGCAAGCAAUCUAUGAAGCAUAUUUAGAACCCAUACUUCAGCGAAACCUAAAAAGCCAGCCUGCUUGGGGUUCUCCAGAAAGACUACAUCAGUUGUCAGGAUCUCUUGUGCAAGUUUAUGAACAGGUCCGAGCAAAAUUCACAGUUGAUGACUACAGUCACUACCUCUUCACACCUCGCAUCCUCACCCAGUGGGUUCUUGGCUUACUGAGAUAUGACCUCACAACAGGGUCGUCUCAGAAUGAUGUGGAUAAUAUGCUGGAAGUUGUUGCUUUUGAAGCUUCCCGUCUCUUCCGUGAUAGAAUUGUGGGUACUAAAAAUAUCAACUCAUUUGAUAAUAUCUUAAGUUCUGUUAUUCGUGGAGAUUGGGGAUCUGAUGUUUUGGAUGGCAUGUCAGAUUGUUUCUAUGUGACUUGGGGAGCAUCUCAUGAAACAGUAUUAGCCCCUGGACAGUCGUUACCACCACAUGGAAAACCAUUAGGUAGAAUGAACUCUUCUGAUCUCAGAGAAGUCAUUCAAAAAGGUAUCAUUCAGUAUGGCAGAGACAACAGGGAACUGGAUAUUUUGCUUUUUCAAGAGGUCCUAGACUACAUGUCUCGAGUAGACAGAGUGCUGAGUUGUCCUGGGGGAUCACUGUUGUUGGCUGGAUGCAGUGGUGUGGGCCGUCGUACUGCAGUGUCUGUUGUUGCUCACAUGCAUGGAGCUGUGAUGUUUACCCCCAGAGUUUCCAGGGGCUAUGAAGAGAAACAGUUUAAAAAUGAUCUAAAGCAUGUUAUGCAGCUUGCAGGAAUUGAAGGGCAGCAAGUAGUGUUACUUCUUGAAGAUUACCAGUUUGUGCAUCCAUCAUUUCUUGAAAUGGUUAACAGUCUUCUUUCUUCAGGUGAAGUAGCAGGACUUUUCACAGUGGAGGAACUUGAACCAUUACUUUCUCCUCUGAAGGAACAAGCAUCACAAGAUGGUUUUACAGGACCCCUUUACAAUUACUUUGCUUACAGAAUUCAGCAGAAUCUUCAUAUUGCCCUAAUCAUGGAUUUCAAUGAUAUAAAUUUUACGAUUAACUGUGAAAGCAAUCCAGCUUUGUAUAAAAAGUGUGUGGUGCAGUGGAUGGCAGGCUGGUCUGAUAGCAGCAUGAAGAAAAUUCCAGAAAUGUUGCUUUCACGGUUAUCUGAGCAAAAUGGGAAAAGUAAUAAAGAAAAGGUGCACAAGACAGACAUUGCAGGACAUGCUGUUGUUUUAAAGUCUUUUCUAAUGAUCCACGAAUCAUGUAAAGAAUAUGGAGCUACUCCGUGUCGAUACCUGAAUUUUCUGCACACCUACAGUUCUAUUUAUAGCAGCAAGAAAACAGAGUUAAUAAAAAGGCAAAGUCACUUGCAGGCAGGAGUUUCAAAACUCAAUGAAGCAAAAGAUCUUGUGGAUAAACUGAAGAGGAAGGCAGCAGAACAAAGCAGUUUGCUUAAAAUAAAACAAUCUGAAGCAGAUUCUGCGCUUCAAGAAAUUACAACAUCUAUGCAGAAUGCCAGUGAUCAAAAGACUGAAAUGGAAAAAGUUAAACAGAAGAUAGCAGACGAGGUUUCAAAGAUUGAAGAGAGAAAACGGAAAAUUGAUGAUGAACUCAGAGAAGUUCAGCCCCUUGUUGAUGAGGCUAAGCUGGCAGUUGGCAAUAUAAAGCCAGAAGCCCUUUCAGAGAUAAGGUCUCUGCGCAUGCCACCAGAUGUAAUAAGAGAUAUAUUAGAGGGAGUGCUACGAUUGAUGGGAAUUUUUGAUACAUCCUGGGUUAGCAUGAAGAGUUUCCUUGCUAAAAGGGGAGUAAAAGAAGACAUUGCAACCUUUGAUGCCCGAAACAUUACUCAUGAGAUUCGUGAAAGUGUAGAAGAGUUAUUGGAGAAAAACAGAAGUUCAUUUGAUUCAAAGAAUGCAAAGCGUGCCAGUGCUGCAGCUGCACCUCUUGCUGCUUGGGUGAAGGCUAAUAUCCAGUAUUCACAUGUUCUUGAGAGGAUUCAGCCUUUGGAAAAGGAACAGUCAGGACUAGUUGAUAAUUUGAAGAAGACUGAAGAACUGAAAAGGAAACUGGAAGAUCAGCUAAACUCUGUUGGUCAGAAAGUUGCAGAACUAAAGGAAAAGUUCCAGACUAGAACAACAGAAGCUGCCAAACUUGAAGCGGAACUUUCUAAAGCUCAGGAAACCAUUGAAGCUGCAGAGAAGUUGAUUAGCCAGCUUGAUGGGGAGCACAAGAGAUGGAAUGCACAGGUUGUGGAGAUAGCAGAAGAGCUGGAAACAUUGCCUAAACGAGCUCAGUUGGCUGCUGCUUUUAUUACUUACCUGUCUGUUGCACCAGAAGAAAAGAGAAAGUCAAGUCUGGAGCACUGGAUGAAAUCUUCUGGUCUAGAAAAAUUUGAUUUAAGGCACUUCCUUUGCACUGAAAGUGAACAGCUGAUUUGGAAAAGUGAAGGAUUACCUUCUGAUGACCUUUCCAUGGAAAAUGCACUUGUGAUCUUGCAGAGCCGUGUGUGUCCUUUCUUGAUAGACCCCUCUUCCCAAGCCACAGAGUGGCUAAGGAAACACUUGAAAGACUCACGUUUGGAAGUCAUCAACCAACAGGAUACCAACUUCAUUACAGCACUGGAACUGGCAGUACGUUUUGGUAAGACAUUGAUUAUCCAGGAGAUGGAUGGAGUAGAACCUGUUUUGUACCCACUGUUGAGAAAAGAUCUCAUUGCUCAGGGUCCUUGUUAUGUUGUGCAGAUAGGAGACAAAACUAUUGACUUUAAUGAAGAAUUCCGUUUGUUUCUGGCAACUCGAAACCCAAGUCCCUCUCUUCCACCUGAUGCAGCUUCCAUAGUGACAGAUGUUAACUUUACUACAACACGAGCUGGUCUGAAGGGGCAGCUUUUGGCUUUAACAAUCCAGAGUGAGAAACCAGAUCUUGAAGACCAGAAAACAAAAUUAUUGCAGCAAGAGGAAGACAAGAAGAUCCAGCUGGCAAAGCUAGAAGAAUCUCUUCUGGAGGCACUUGCAACUUCUCAAGGCAACAUUCUCGAAAAUAAAGAGCUAAUUGAAUCUCUCAACCAAACCAAAGCAAGCAGUGCACUUAUUCAGGACUCACUUGCUGAGUCCCAUAGAUUGCAGAGUUUUCUUGACCAGGAAAGGGAUGCCUAUGUCCCACUGGCAGAGAGUGCUAGUAAGAUGUACUUUAUUAUCACUGACUUGUCGAAAAUUAAUAAUAUGUACUGCUUCAGUCUGGCUGCAUUCUUGCGCCUCUUCCAGCGGGCUCUGCAAACCAAAAAGGAAUCAGAAAACACUGAAAUGCGAAUCUCCUCUCUAAUCAGCUGUUUGAAAAACAUGGUUUAUGAAUAUGUCUGUCGAUCUCUGUUUAAGGCUGAUCAGCUUAUGUUUGCAUUACAUUUCGUUCAUGGCAUGCAUCCAGAAUACUUCAAAGAGAAUGAAUGGGAUGUAUUUACAGGCCUUAUUGUUGGUGACAUGGUUAGAAAAUCAGAUGCCCAAAAACCUUCUCGUGAUCAAAUUCUGUCCUGGAUAGAUCAAGAAAGAGCUGGAGCCACAGUCUUGUUAAAGACAUCCUUUCCAACACUAUAUCAAGCUCUUAGCUUUGAAGAUGCUGACCUGUGGCAGAAGUUUGCUAGAAGCUCAGCUUGUGAACUGGACUUUCCAUCAAGCAUAACAAAGAAAAUCUCACUGUUUCAGCAGGUAUUGGUGAUCCAAGCAAUCAGACCUGACAGACUUCAGAGUGCCAUGACUCUCUUUGCAUCUAGAGCUUUGGGAAUGAAAGAGCUCUCUCCACCACCUUUGAAUUUUAAACGCUUGUACAAAGAGACUCUGGAAACUGAACCUAUACUGAUCAUUAUUUCUCCUGGUGCCGAUCCUUCGCAAGAAUUGCAAGAACUUGCCAGCACAGAAAUUGGCCGAGAAUGUUAUCAUGAGGUGGCAAUGGGUCAGGGUCAAGCUGAUCUUGCUGUUCGGACCUUAAAGGAUUGUGCACGUGAUGGGGAAUGGCUGUGCCUAAAGAAUCUGCAUUUGGUUACAUCUUGGCUUCCUGUACUGGAAAAGGAACUGAAUUCACUUCAUCCAAAGUCUAACUUUCGUCUUUGGCUCACUGCUGAAAUUCAUCCAAAAUUCACUCCCAUAUUGCUUCAGUCAAGUUUAAAGAUCACAUAUGAGGCUCCCCCUGGUCUUAAGAAGAAUUUGAUGAGGACUUAUGAAUCCUGGUCCCCAGAGCAAAUUAAUAAGAAUGGCUUAUUGCCACGAUCUCACUCUCUUUUUUGUUUGGCUUGGUUCCAUGCUGUUUGUCAAGAGAGAAGAAACUACAUCCCUCAAGGUUGGACUAAAUUCUAUGAGUUUUCCUUAUCAGAUCUCCGGGCUGGAUAUGAAAUAAUUGAUGGACUUUUUGAAGGCACAAAGGAAGUUCAUUGGGAAUUUGUACGUGGGUUGCUGGAAAAUGCCAUUUAUGGAGGUCGUAUUGAUAAUGUCUUUGACCUGAGAGUUCUGAAAUCAUAUCUGGAGCAGUUUUUUAAUUCAAAAGUAAUUGGUAGAUCACCGUCUGAAAGCAGGAAAACCAUUGCAUUCCCAUCUUGUAUCUCUAUGCCAAAUUCAUGCAACAUAUUGGACUACCGCAGUAUCAUUGAAAACCUUCCAGAAGAUGACAAACCUUCUUUUUUCGGGUUGCCUAGUAAUAUUGAACGCUCAUCACAACGUAUUAUUAGUUCCCAGGUAAUUUCACAGCUGCGGAUCCUAAACAGGUCUGUAACUGCUGGCUCCAAGUUUGAUAGGGAAGUGUGGUCUAAUGAGUUGUCUCCUGUUCUCAACCUGUGGAAGAAGCUUAAUCAGGGUUCCAACCUGAUUCAUCAGAAAGUAUCUUCUCCUAGUGAAAGACAGGGAUCUCCUAGCCUGUCCUUUAUACUUUUGGAACAAUUUAAUGCUAUUCGCUUGGUGCAGAGUGUGCAUCAGUCACUGGCAGCCCUCAGUAAGGUUAUCAGAGGAACCUCACUACUAACAUCAGAAGUACAGAAACUAGCUUCAGCAUUGCUGGACCAAGAGUGUCCAUUAAGCUGGCAAAGUAAAUGGGACGGUCCAGAAGAUCCAAUGCAAUAUCUGCGAGGGCUUGUAGCUAGAGCUCUUGCUAUACAGAACUGGGUUGAAAAAGCAGAAAAACAGACAUUGCUGUCAGACACGCUUGACCUAUCAGAACUUUUCCAUCCUGAUACUUUUUUGAAUGCUUUACGCCAAGAAACAGCACGAGUUAUGGGCUGCUCAAUGGAUAGCCUCAAGUUUGUUGCAGCAUGGAAUGGUCGAAUAAAGGAUGCAAAGCUUCAGGUCAAAAUCGGUGGUCUGCAACUAGAAGGCUGUAGCUUUGAUGGAAACCAGCUUUCAGCAAACCAGCACGACUCUCCCAGUGUGUCAUCAGUGCUCCCUUGUUACAUGGCCUGGAUUGCACAGAAUGCCAGUGGACCAUAUUCCCCUUAUGAUUGUAUAUCACUACCUUUAUACACCAGUGCAGAAAGGGAUCGGCUUGUGACCAAUAUCAACAUUCCUUGCGGAGGCAACCAAGACCAGUGGAUUCAGUGUGGCGCUGCUUUAUUUUUAAAGAAUAUUUAACUAGAUAUUGCUAGAAUAUAAAGGCAGUUUACAGACAAAACAAAAUGAUUUUCAUGCAGUACCAUUAUGUUUGUUUUAAGUAAUACUGUAUUUGUGAAAUAAUUCUUUUCAGAAAUUAUUUUUUACAUGUUUCAUGUAAUUUUAAGGAACUAUUUAUUUUCAUAGUUUUAGUUUCAAGAGAAGAAAUGUUUUAAAAUAUUGUCAUUCAAUAGACAUAUUACAUCAUAAAGAAAGACAAAUUAAUGUGUGGACCAGUUGAUUUCUAAUUGUAAAUAUAAAAUAUAGAAUUUCUAAGAAUAUGCCCCAUAGCAGUUUAUUUUUGUAUUUGUCUUGCUGUUUUUUGGGAUUUAAGAAAUACUUCAGAUAAAAGA